AUGCUUCUAGAGGCCAAGCCUGAGGACAUCACCGCGGUCACCGGGACCCUGAGUGCAGGUACACAACGUGCCCUCCAGUCACACAGCCCACACCGAGCACCAAUCUCCCAGCUGCUUUAUAGGAAAGGCCUAUGGUACAGCGUGGAGGACAUGCACCCCCGUGUGCAUGGCUGGAGCCCCGUGUGCAUGGCUGGGGCUCCGUGUGCAUGGCUGGAGCUUCAGUGUGCAUGGCUGGAGCUUCAGUGUGCAUGGCUGGAGCUUCAGUGUGCAUGGCUGGAGCUUCAGUGUGCAUGGCUGGAGCUCCGUGUGCAUGGCUGGAGCUCUGUCUACUCUAGCAGGUCUUUACUCUGCUAGGGUGUAAAUUAUAUGUUCUACCACAAACACUUAGGAAUUUCGUUUCCAAUCAUCAUGUGAGUCGUUUUAGUUCCCUCCUGUUUAUUACUUUUAGUAUUUUGUUUGUUUCCUUUCCUCAAAUUUAGUGAACUGUUCUGGGUUAUUGUGGAAAAAAGUGAAUAUGAAAUAGUGUUACGUUUGCAGCGUGUGUGUAUAACUCAUUGUGUUGGCGUAGUACACAGACUUUAGUGGCACAAAUAUGCAGUAUCCAAGUUUUGGGGAGAUUUUAAAUUUAAUGGACACUGUAAGUCAACUGAUAUUCAGCCAGUGAAUUCCAUCCAAAAUUGGACAAAAUUAAAGGUACACUAUAGGCACCCAGACUACUUAAUGUCACUGAAGGGGUCUGGGUUCAGUGUCCCUAUCCCACUUAGUCCUGCAAUGUAAAUCAUUAAAUUUUUAGAGAAACUGACAGCCAUUAGAGGCACUUCCUGGAUCCGAAUGUACUUUAGGUGGCUUAACUGUUGCUGAACAUCCUGCAUGAGGACAUCCAGCAUUCGUAACUUCCCCGUGAGGAAGUAUUGUAUGAGUCGGCGGGGGUGGGAUGGCAUGAGCGAGGGGGAGAACAGAAGGCACUAUAGUGUAAGGCAUACAACUCUUACACUAUAGAAUCUCUUUACAUGUGUAUUCUUAAUGCUAGAGUGUUAGCCUACCUGUUUGGUUGGUGACCUGAAGAAAUUAAAUACCCCUGAGCGACGGAUGGGGGCCCUAAAUUAAUUCAAAGGGGGGGACCUAUUGCCCUCCCUCCCUGCCCCCACACCUGAGCGGUGGGUGGGGGCCCUAAAUCAGAAUAAGGGGGACCUAUUGUCCUCCCCCCCACACCCCCCACCUCUGAGCAGCGGGUGGGGGCCCUAAAUUACUUCAAAGGGGGGGACCUAUUGUCCUCCCCCCCCAGCCUAUAUAUAUAUAAUUAUCUCUGAAUGAAGUAAACAUGAACACAGCACUAAGAGUUCCACUUGGAGUUUAGUAAAUUUAUUUAUUUUAAUGUUUGCUACAGAGCUCCAUGAUGUAGAUUACUGGCAUGAUUUAAGAGAAAUGAAUGUGCCUUUUUAUGAUUUAUAACCGAGGUAGAUAAUGCUGGCUGAGGAUGAUUGUAGUUUAUCACACACUAGGAUAGAAACUUCAUUUGUAAAAACAGCCCCCAAUCACAACUCCUCCUCAGAUAAGCUGGUAUUAUUUAUUAACAUGAUUGCUUGGAUCUGACUUUUACAACUUUUUUUUUUGUGUGACAGCUUCAGUGCUGUGUCAGGUAGAACCAGUAGGACGAUGGUUCGAAGCCUUUAUCAAACGCAGAAAUAGGAGCGUUUCUGCCUCAUUCCAGGAGCUAGAGGAUGAGAAGGAAUCAUCAGAGGAGUCUGAGGAUGAAGAGUACCAGCUAGAAGAAUUUCCACUAUUAAAAACACUUGAUCCCAAGGAUUGGAAGGUAUAUAUAUUCUCAUUAUCGUAACAGAAAACUGCACUCAGUAUGCAUGCAGAGGAAAAUUUUCAUUUACUGGGAGCUGAAGAUGAAGGCACCCAAUUGCAGUAUUAAGAGGUGUAGAUGUAUUCUUUAAAAUUGUUUUAAAUGUUUUUCAUCUUUAUUGAGAAUUAACAGCAAAAGUAAUAACAAUAAUGCCACAAGACAGGGGUGCUGAGAUCACAGUAUAGAUGAAGCAUUUCAGGAUAGAACAGUAUUCUAACAAUCGUACAUACAUUUACUCUGUCACAAUAUCAUGCAGCAUAUUUUGAAUGUGAAUUCGGGAGGGAAGGCGUGCUGUGGCAAGGGAUGGGGGAGGCAAAACAUUAGAGGAUGUACCCCAGGUAGACCAGACUGUCUGUUUGAUUGUUGAAGCAGCUAUCCCAACUGGACUAAACUGAAUUUCGUUAAUGCAUAAUAAAUACAUCUUCUUGGAUUGGAGUGCUUGUGACACUAGCAAUGUUGAGGGGACAGUCAUGGUUUUCCAAUGUUUUGCAAUUCUAUUUUUGUCUCCGUUGGGGACAUGUAGUGCUAAGGCUUGGUGUACUGCGAGUAAGGAUAUGUGUAGCAUGUCUAGGAUAAAUGCUUGAGAUUGGAAAUAUGGUUGUACCUCAAAGAGUUUCUGUAGGAUGGUCUGGAUGCCUGACAAAAGCUCUAAAAAAUGUGGCUCCCAAACAUCUAUGUUGAAACGCCAGCAUUUGUUGGAAUCUGUGAGAUAGAUGUGCUUUGAAUGCUUAGGGGUAAAGUACCACCUAAACCAAACCUUCCUGCUUGUUUCCCAGUGGGAUAAGCAUUCUGAUACCCCCCAUCAUAGCUAUUAACGCUUUGGUCCAAUCUUCGACUGGGAGCUUUUCCUCCCGUUGACAGAUGGAGUGCUUCUCUCCGAUGUUUGAGUUAAGAUGUGCCUGAUAGCAUGUGGAUAGUGUUCUUUUUGGUUUUUUUUUUUGUGGUUUUUUUUUGGUGCAUUUGUUAGUUCCCAAACAGGAAAGUGGAGUUUAUGACAUAGAAAUAUGUGUUUCAUGUGGAGGUAGGUAACUAUUUUCCCAUUUGGAAGAGUGAAUUGUGCCCAUAUUUUUGGUUAAGGUAAUAUUUUAGAUUAUAAAAAGCUUCACACUAUGGUGAUGCCAGAGUGGAGUCAUUGUUUUAGGUGGAGGUCCAGCGUGUGUAGGAGCAGUGUUGUAAGUGGAGUGAAGUACAGGUACGAGCAUGGCUCCAGUAGUUUAAACACUUUGUCUCCAUGUUUGCAGUGCCGGCCGUAAGGUUGCUAAGGCGAAUACACGUGAGGAACUGAGGUGCGAUGGAGUCCAUAGCAGUUAAGCCUCUGUAUAAGGAGCCAAGUGUGCUUGUUCCAGUUUGUGCCAAAGUGUAGCAUUACCAUUGUGUGGGCUAGUAUGGAUGCUGUGUAGCAGCUUAGAAUGUCUGAGACUCCCAAUCCAACCUGGUUACAGGGGGUACCCAUUGCUAUACGAGGUGGUAUUUUUUUCUGGAUAUGUGAGUUUAUUAUGCAUUGAAAGCUCUGUAAGAGGGUCUUGGGAAGCUUGUUUGGCAGUGAUGGAAUAGGCACGGAAUCAAUGGGAGAGCACUCAUUUUGAUGGAGUGAACGCGGCCAACAUGAUAUUUUGUAUGCUGCCCACUCUGUUAGUAAGGUUUGCAACUUGGACAUCAAACCUCAAUGGUUCUCUUGAAUAAGAGUAUUUGAGUGUAAUGUAAGUUUAGCACCUAGGUAGGCUAAAUAGUGUGUUCGCCAAUCAAAGGGGUAUGGCUUGAGGAAAACAAGAUAGUUUGAGGUAUGUUGAGUUGAAGAACUUGCGUUUUAGCUACAUUAUUUUUGUAGUAUGAGACCUUGGCGUAGUUGAUUAGUAACAAAAUGGCUGCUGCGAGAGAUUCUGACAAGUUAGUAAUGGGUAGAAGGAUGUCGUCCGCAAAGAGGGAAAUUAGUUGUUUUGCCAAUGUAGGAGGGGAAACCCUUGAUUCUAAGUUCAGUUUUAAUUUUAGGAUUAAUGGCCCUAAAGCCAUUAUAAAUAUUAACAGGGAAAUAGGGCAUCCCUGGCUCGUCCCAUUGUUUAUAUAAGAUGACAUGGGUAAAUAUUGUUAAGGGGUGUGUGUAUAAUUCCUGGCUUAAGAAAAGAGGAGGGUAACCAAAUUUGCUAAGAACAGAUUUGAGGUACAGCAAUUGAUUUUGUCAAAUUCAUUUUCGGCCUUGAAAAGACCAGGGAUAUUGUGUCUUUCAGAGAUUUCAAUAAGAACAAGUGUGCAUCUGGUGUUGUCCGAGCCUUGGCAUCCCUGCACAAACCCCGAGAGAGACUAGGUUUGGGAGCCACUUGUUUAGGGCGGUACAAGUAUCUUUACAAAUAGUUUGGUAUCUGCGUUUAGCAAUGAGAUUGUCCAGAAAUUAAGUUGUGGGCAGUUUCCUUGGCUUGGGCAGGCUAAUGAUAUGUGUUGCCCAUGUCUCUAAUUCCAUUAAACAAUGUUGUCAGAUGUGUGGCUAGAAUGUUGGAGAACAUGGAGUAGUAGAGAUUUAAGAAACCGUCUGGGCCUGGUGCUUCAGUAAACUGAACAUGGCUAGUUUCACUUCCUUUACAGGAAUGGGAGCGUUGAGUUGUUCAUCUUGGUCUGUGGCAAUGGUUGGGAUGGUUAUGUCUGAAAGAUAUCGAUGUCUGAUUGGGAUGGCUUAGUGGUCUUACUGCAAUCCAAGGAGAUAUAGGGCUUUGUAGAAUUUAGUAAAUUUUGUUCAAUGUGAUGACUGGGUUGGUUGCCUUUACCUCCUGCUAAGGUUAAGAGGAAAGUGGCCUUGCUUUGAAUUUUACUUUGCUUUAAGUUUCACAUCCAGUAAUUUGCCCGCUCGAUUGCCUUGGGAAUAAUAAUUUUGUUUCAGCCUGCACGUGUAGUUAGCUAUGUCUUGUAGUUGUAAGGUUUGUAAUUGCGAGCGAGUUUGCGAUAGAUCAGUUUCUUGGAUGGUUGUUAGAGGCUUCUAGCUCUGAGAGUGUAGUUGUAAGCUCUCUUAACAUAUUUCUCUUCUUAAUGGAGCAUGCAUGAGGACCUUUGAGAUCAACCAUGGUUUUUCUUGCGCAUAUACAGUUGGAUUUCAUGGCAUCUGUAGGGCAUCUCAUAAGGUGUUGUAUGUCCCCAUCAGUUGUCACUUGCAAUGGCUGAUGCCAAUGGCAUAAUAUGCUACAUUCUGCGAUUGUAUUUAAAAUGAAGCAACUUAAAGGGUGAAGUGCUGAAAAUCCGCUUUAAUUAGAUGGUUUAAUUUUAAAUUCACCAUGCUGGAGUAAUAAUUAAAGGGACACUCCAUUGCCCAAAUACAGAAUAAUUAUAAUAAUAAUAAUAAAAAAAAAAUCUUUAUUUUGUUGUGCACAAGGUUAACAAUCAGACUUUCUAUGCCACAACAGCAAACACAGACAUUUCAAAAUACAGUGUAGUAUGGCAUGUGAGCAAUCUUCACUUUUUUUUAAAUUUUAUUUUUUGUAUUUUUAAGAGAAGUUAAACAGGUUAAGUCAGGAUGUUUCAGUAAAUGAGUAUGCAAAAGUAAAAAUGGAAACAUGCUUUAUAGACUGACACUGGGGUGAAAAAAUAUAAUUGUGAAAAACAGUAAAAGGUAGAAUCAACAUAAUUGUAGCUUAUCCCCCUAGGAGGUAGUGGUGGACACAUACAUAUUAACCACGAGUCCCAAUAAUCCCAUCACGCAGCCCGGCUCAGCCGAUGCUCUCAAGUGGUAGGGUGAAAUCCGGUUUUAUGGUGAGAUGCUUCAGGGCAGGCCGAGCAGGUGCCUGUAGGCAUUGCAGUGGCUCCAUCGCUAUUAAGUGACCUGCAGGCAUUGCAGCCCCCUGUGGAGACUUUGAGGUGGGCCUUGGCAGCCUCAUGCUAGGCCUUCAUGUCGUCCAGCGCUUGGACAAUGCAUGCUGCCUGUUCUGCUGCCUUGUGGGACCUCUUCCCACGUGUGGAGCUGCACGCUUGAGUUGGGGGCCCUGAUGUGAGGGAGCCAUUGGCUCUGGAGGAGCGGGUUGAGCUAUCCUUAGUUCGAGCCACUGCCAGAAGUCUAGGAACAGCUUAUCCUGGCGGGUGAGUAUAUCUACAGGGUUGGUGUCAGCAGCUGGGAGCUGUGUGGUCGCCGCCAUCUUGAGUAGGCCACCGUAGGAAAUGCUCGUAGCCAGGGCCUUCUCUGCUGGAAUCCCCGAGACAAGGGGAUGGCCGCAUCCCCCGCCCGAAGCACACCAGGCCGCUUUUGCCAUGGAGGGGCCGACAAGUUUUCUUCGCGUCGCCAACCACUUUCCUGCAUUGCAGAUGAGUUAGUUUGCUUGAAUUUUGAGUAGGCUAUCAGAUCAAGCUUUAGUAGGCUGUAAAAUGCCGCAUUUAGCAGGUCUGUGUAGGAGCUUGUCCAAGGUUUGUCUUGCCUCCAUGAUGGUCAGGGUCCGCCCCCAUGAAAAUCACUUUUUUUAGUAGAUAUACCCCAAAUGAAAACUUGCAUGCAUUAAAUAAUGUGUUUUUUUUCAUUGGGUGUAUAUCUAAAAACAGCUUGCAAAACCUGCAGGAUCUCUUGUCUGCUACCUUUGCAAGCCCUCCCCUUCUUCCCUAGUCCAGACUUUCUGUGGCUGUCCAAUCACAGACUUCCCAAUGCAGCUCAACUAGAGAACUGUUUGCAAGGCAAAUGCUCUGGGUUAAUGAUGCCUGUAGAGUUUACCUCUACGAGUUAACGAAAUCGGGCAGUAACAGGACCUGUUGUGUAACCAGGCUAAUCUGUUGAAAUAUGCACUUUUUGUAAAAUGAAAAAAAGAGGGCACACUCUUUAUACCAAGCUUCAGCAAGAUAGGGAUUUAGGCAUCUGGAGUGUAAUAAAUAUAUAUAUUUUCUCUCUUUAUAUCUUGUUUUUCUCUUUCUCCCCCCUCACUCUGUGAUCUUCACAUAAGAUAUUUACGACCCUCUGCAAGAAUGGUGUCUAUGUUCUAUCAAACCUGUCUUAUCAGCACCAUAUCGCUUUCACCCCUGUAUCUCAACUUAACUUUUAAUUCUAUGUGUCGUGUUGCUCAGAAAUGCUUCAGACUUGAGAAAGGGAGGUUCUCCUGAAAGCUUGUCAUUAAAAAUUCUGUUAGUCCAAUUAAAAAGGUAUUACAAGAUUACAUAAAUAAAAAACAGAUAAAAUACUUAAUUGUGCUGGUAGUCUACCUCUGAAAUCAUGAAGCUUUGUGUGUGUUGGUUUUUUUUCCUCUGCAGAACCAAGAUCAUUAUGCUGUGCUUGGGUUGAAGAAUUUGAGGUACAAAGCCACACAGAAGCAGAUUAAAGCAGCCCGUAAGUAAUAUUACAUUAUAGCUAACCAGAGAUAAGAUAUGAUCAUCUAACUUCUGUGUUAUUGUCCCUAAUGUACGGAUCUGAUAAUUGAGCAUACAGUGCUUAUUUAUGACAAUGCAGGGUUGCUGUGGUUUAUUUUUCUUGAAUGCCAUUUAGAGAAGAUCCAAUAUAAAUUUUAGCCUUGGAAAGAUUAAAGCCAUUGGGAUCCACUUGUUGAAUGUCAUUUUAACAAAUGAUUCCUCAGAAUUAUUUCAAACGCUGUUUGUGAUACUUGUUAUUUCAUACAAUUAAAAAAAAAAAAAAAAAAGUUGAACUGAAUAAAUAAAAUUACAUUUUUUUUUCUCUUAGAUAAAGCAAUGGUUCUGAAACACCAUCCUGAUAAGAGAAAGGCAGCUGGGGAGCAGAUCGUUGAGGGUGACAAUGACUACUUCACGUGCAUCACUAAAGGUGAGGUUAAAGGAUGUGAUGUGUUCAGGUUAAUACACCCACAGAUUUAUUCUUUAGAUAAACAGGAGAAGUAGAAAAGCUCAGCAUUAAGAAAUAUUUAAAUGCGCCUUUAUUUCCUUCUGUGUAGUAUAGUUUUUUCACUUUAAUUGAAUCUAAAUUUUCUAAGGUAUGUUUUUAUUUUAUUUUAUUUCUACUUUUUUGUUCCACGUCAUACAAUGUUGUUCUUUAAAAGCAGAAUUUGCCAGGGCAAAAAUGUAUCAUUACUAAAUGAGCUACAAACAAUACUUUGUAGAAAAGUGAUAACUCUUUUGUGUCUGUGUUUACCAACAUGUAGCAUAUGAAAUUUUAUCCGACCCAUUGAAGAGAAGAGCAUUCAACAGCAUUGACCCAACCUUUGAUAAUUCAAUCCCAUCCAAGAAUGAAGGCAGAGACAACUUCUUCGAAGUGUUUAAUCCUGUGUUUGACAGAAAUAGCAGGUAAAAUACAAGAUACAAAACCGAUUUAAAGAAAAAAAAAACAAAACCUAAAUGUCACGGAAAGAGUACAGCACUUUAUGAACACAUUUAUUCCCUAAAUGCACAUCAAUACAGGGCAUUCUAUAUAUUCCUGGACUUAUAUUUAAACUUGAUUACCCUUUGGUUGUAUAUUUCAGGUGGUCGAACACAAAAAAUGUCCCAAAGCUUGGAGAUAUGAAAACCUCUAUUGAAGACGUAGAUUCAUUUUAUUCUUUCUGGUGAGUUGCUUAUAUGCUGGGUGGUGUGUAUAAAUGUAUAUUUGUGUAAAAGUAAAAGGGUGAUCCACCAUUGAAAGAAAUCCUCUGUGCUUUUUUAAAAAACUAUUUAUUAUUGCCCAAGUAUAUAUCUGUUCCCUAAAAAAACUUGGAGUAUUUUAUCAUACUAAACUGUAAACUUUGUUCAUUCUAGGUAUAACUUUGAUUCUUGGAGAGAAUUUUCAUACUUGGAUGAAGAAGAAAAAGAAAAGGCGGAAUGGUAUUUAAAUAUAAUUUGUUAUUUGAAAGGCACACUCCAUGCAUCAUAACCAAUACAGCAUGUUGUAGUGCUGAUGGCAUCUGCAGUGUCCUGGUGCCCCCUUCAUGACUUUUUACUUGGAGUCCACUGGGCGCUGCUCCUGGCCUCCUCUACUGCUCAGUGAGAGAUGGACGCUUUCUUCUGUAAAGAAGCAUGGUGGUUCAUGGCUUAAGUGUGUGAGAGCAGUCGCCAAUGCUGAAGUGAGCUAACAGAAAUCUCCUGAGCAGGAGCUUCCAGCUGUCACUGAACUGUAGAUGAAGAGGAGGAGAGUGGACCCCCGAUACAAAGUCAAACCAUUAAGGCACCAAGGUACUCUUGGCAACAUAACCAUUAGAGCACACUUGGAGUAAAACCUUGCACAGAGUUAUUGUUCCUGUCGGAGGAAUAACUCCACCACAGGCAGCUUUGGUUAGUAAGACGUAAAUGAGUUUCAGGCUGGCUAAUGUCAAUGCAGAUCUCUUGCACAGAACCGCAUUAGAGGAGGCUUGGCAUCUAGCGGACCCAGGUAAGAGGCAAACCAUUGGAAAGUUAGAUGCCUCUUUACCAUGGAGGUGCGCAGCGUACUCCCAGCAACAUAACUACUACAUCUGGCUACGGUGGAUAUGAUGAUUGCAGUAACCAUUUCUGACAGAACCACAGUUCUGCCACUGAUAAAAACGUUCCCACUUAAGAGCUGUACUUACUCUCCCUGAGGUUUCCCCUACCUUUCACAAGGCCCAGCUCUGAAGAGCGUCCGCAUUCCAAAUCUAUCCGGUGACCGUGCCACACAAGGAAAGCUACAAGCAGCCUAGAGGUCACUCUGGCCACGUGUAACUUUCGAUCGGAAAUCAGCUAAGGCCAGCAGAAACUUUAACCAGGUGGUGAUUCAACACUGUGAGUGCGACAAGCUCUUUUUAACCCCUUAAGGACACAUGACGUGUGACAUGUUAUGAUUCCUUUUAUUCCAGAAGUUUGGUCCUUAAGGGGUUAAGGAAGUGGGGGAGUGCUAUCGGGGGAUAUAAGACAUGAAGGUUAUGUUUGUUUUUGGGAUAUAUUGUAAUUCUGCCCUGGUGUCUGGGGUGUAAUUAACGUAGUGGUUACUGAUCUAUUUAUCUCUGAGUCUGAGGUGCCAGGGUGGGAUUUUCAUAGUUUAAACCAUGGAUCCCCUGUUGUGUGCAUAAAAGUGUGACUUGUUCUUAUGCACCCUUCACUAAAUCUCAAUUAGUGUUUGAGUGAGGCAGCUAUAAUCACUCCAGGUAUCCAGCACUGAAAGAGAGGGACCCUUAAAAGAGGGUGGAGAACUGAGCUCUGUUAUACCAUUUAAGCCACAUACUCGCAUUGAUGUUGACCAUGGAUGUAACGGAUCACCUGUCACCCCGACUGGGUACCUCCGUUGAAGGAUGCUCCUAGCGCUUCCUGAGGGAUCCAAGCACUCCAGCUGACACCAUAACCACCAGAGAUUCCUCCAGAGAGCAAGGCAGGAACAAGCUCUUACAAGAGUUUAGUAGUGAUUUAGCAAGGGAGUGUGACUAGCAUAGCAAUCCCUUGUAGCAGAUUCCCCCAAUAAGAGACGGCACUCCAAAUUGAGGGUGGAGUAGAACUGAGGUUUUUAAUGACACACACUAUGCUUUUAUGCAAUUCUCCCGUGCAAGGGAGACGCCCACAGACAAUUAUGCAUUACCCAAUCGCACACUGGUUACAUCCCACACAUCUCCUCCCCUUUGCCUGAGAGGUAACACAAUUAGCUGUACAGUUUAAAACAUACUUUUUACCCAACUUUCAUAACUCUAAAACUAUACAUCCAAUAUUAAUAAAAUAUUAUUAAUCAGCAUAUUUCAAAUACAAACAUACCCAAAAAUCAUUCGAAUCUGUUCAGCUGUUCGGGAGAUAGAUAUAAGUCCCCUUUGACCGACCGCAAGCACAUUUUCAUGCACAAAACAAUUCCAGAGAAUCAAGCGCUGCGGUCGGUCUAUUUCCCAUGUUAAAGUCAGUUCAAACAGACGAACGACAACCAUUCAAACUGUCGAACAGCGUUCGAACUGUCGAAUGUAUUGAAGUCUGGAGAAGGUAAAACUUCAGCUGAAUUAAAGAUGACCCCCCAGCAUUCGGCAAUUUACCUACAGAUUAUUUCUAUCUUGUGAAGUGUACAGCUGCAGUCAUUUGGUGUGUGGAUUCUGCACAGCCCCUUUAACAUCUGAGUAUUUUCUUUAUUGAAGGAAUAUUUUGCUUUCUUAACUUGCUCUACCCUGUGUUUUACUUUGGCGUAUGUCAUUAACCCCCACCCCUCCCCCCACCUCCCCCCACUCUCAGAAAGGAGUCAUGUGACUUGAUUUAGUGGGUUAAACAGUUAAAAUCAUAGUUUUUCUACAGUCGACCCACAUUCAUGAUAAAAAAAAUCCCACUUCUCACAACCCAUGCCUACAAAAGUUGCCAUAACCAAGACACUUUAGAAACUGAAAACUGGUACAUCCUAAGUUACCCUAACAAAAUUAGAUUUAAAAACCACACAGAACAUGGUUUAGCAAAAAAAUAUUUGAUGUGUCUUUUCAGUAACGUGAUUCUUAUACUAGAUAAAAGCACGUUUUUUAUGAACAAAAAGUCACAGUGCAUACAUCUAAAAUAGAUUACAAACAAAAUUUUACAUACACCAACAAAAAGAUACAAUAUAAAUGGAUAAAAUGAAUAGUAAACCUUAAUAUUUGCUGUACUAGCAACAUACCAGUCUUUCUGUCCCAGGAUAGCUUUUGGUAAUGAUAAUCCACUUCAAGUCUGAUUUAGCUCUAAAGUGGAUUACAACGUUUUUAGGUUUCAUCAGAUCAUUUAUACACUUUUCCUGCUCAUCUCAGGUUCUAAGGCCCUAUUAAUAAAGUUCAGUAGACCUCAAAACCACUGGCCAGUUGUAAAUGCCUCUACACUCGAACAGGGAUAUAAAACAUGUCUUAAUUGCUGUACUAACACCAACAACAUUUAUCUCUUUGUUUCCCAGACACAGUUAACCUCAUAAGUCUAAUAUGGCCAACUGUACUGGGUAACCAUUCCAUACAUCCACUACGUACAUCGUAUUGCUAACUAUGAAGCAUACACCACACAAUCAUAUGUUGUUUCAUUUUGUUUUAAUCCUUUUACAGUCGUGACGAGAGGAGGUGGAUUGAGAAGCAGAACAGGGCUGCCAGAGCACAAAGGAAAAAAGAAGAAAUGAACAGAAUAAGAACAUUAGUUGGUAUGUAUGAUUGAUUUUUACUAUGUGUUUAGCAAUCAGUCACUGGUAUUGUGACUCCUACGUACCAACCAAGAUAAAGUAUAGUUGCACAGGAAAUGCAUACUGAUAAGCAUAAAAAUAAUAUACACAGAUGCACAAAAGUAAUAUAUAGCAAAAAUAAAGCUUUUAGUAAUUUAUUUUUAUUUAUUUUUGAUCAGUGUUUAAAAAAAAAUAAAAAUAAAAAAUAAUAAAUUGUGGAUAGUAACAAAGCUUGAAAUUGAGUGAAAUGUGAUGACACCAAAUAAAGAAGCUUAACCCCUUAAGGACUGAGGACGGUUCAGGACCGUCAUCGGCAUUUUGCCUGCAGCCCAGACAGUCUCCCCACACUGGAUUAGGACCCCUGUGGCCAUGUGAUCGCUUAACACAGCGAUCACAUGGUCACAAUAGGUGUCCAUGUGUCUGCCUGCAGGGGGACUGCCUGUGCUGACAGGCAGUCUCCCUGCUAGUGUAAAAUCAAAAAAAAAGUUAGUGUUAAUAAAAAAUAAAUGUGUGUGUGUGUGUGUGUGUGUGUGUGUGUGUAUAUAUAUAUAUAUAUAUAUGUCAUACUAAGUGUAUUUUUAUAUUAAUAUGUACUUAUAUUAAUAUAAAAAUACACUUAGAAUUAAAUUACACACGUGUGUGUGUGUGUGUGUGUGUGUAUAUAUAUUAUAUAUAUAUAUAUAUAUAUAUAUAUAUAUAUAUAUAUAUAUAUAUAACUUUAUAUAUUGUGUGUGUAUAUAUAUAUUAUUAUAAAAUAUAAAUAAGUAAUUUAAAUAAAAAAUUUUUUAAAUAUAUCUAUGAAAUUUUAUUCUAACUGUAAUUUAAAAUUAAUAUAUAUAUUUAUAUCAAAAUACACUUAGAAUGAAUUUGUAUAUAUAUCUAUGUAUAUAUAAAUAAAUAAAAAUAAUACGAAAUAUACAUAUGUCCAUAAUUACAUAAAUAAUUAUAUAAAUAUACACGUAGACUUCAAAUAUAUAAAAAUGCAUAUAUAUUUAAAUUCUAUGUGCAUAUUUAUGUAAUAUUUUUACAUAAUUAAGUAAUUUUAUUGAUUGCAAUUUGAGGGACCUGCCUGCCAACCCAGGCUGAAAGUCCAGAGAAUUUAAUUUGCUAGCACUGUAUUUUACCCUGUAAAGUUUGAAGACACCCUAAAACCUGUACAUGGGGGGUACUGUUUUACUCAGGAGACUUCGCUGAACACAAAUAUUAGUGAUUCAAAACAGUAAAACAUAUCACAGCGAUGAUAUUGUCAGUGAAAGUGACUUUUUUUUUGCAUUUUUUACACACAAACAGCACUUUUACUGAUGAUUGUUGUGAUACGUUUUCCUGUUUUGAAACACUAAUAUUUGUGUUCAGCAAAGUCUCCCAAUUAUAACAGUACCCCCUAUGUACAGGUUUUAUAGCAUUUUUGAAAGUUACCAGAUCAAAUAUUUUUACAUUGAAAAUGGCCAGGUUGGUAGCCCAGGAAUGAGAAUUACCCCCAUGAUGGCAUACCAUUUGCAAAGAAGACAACCCAAGGUAUUGCAAAUGGGGUAUGUCCAGUCUUUUUUAGUAACCACUUAGUCACAAACACUGGCACAAAUUAGCGUUCAAUUUAGUUUUUUUACUUUUUUCACACACAAACAAAUAUGAAUGCUUACUUUGACCAGUGUUUUCGACUAAGUGGCUACUAAAAAAGACUGGACAUACCCCAUAUUGAAUACCCUGGGUUGUCUACUUUAAAAAAAAUAUGUACAUGUGGGGUGUUAUUCAGAGAUUUAUGACAGAUAAUAGUGUUACAAUGUCACUAUUGAUAAAUUUAAAAAAUGUAUGUUUUGAAACCGCAAUAUCUACUUGUGCCUAUAACAUGCAAAAAAACACUGGGUAUUUUUAAACUCAGGACAAAAUUUUUGAAUCUAUUUAGCAGUUUUUUCCAUUUGCUUUUAUAGAUGAGUAAAAGAUUUUUCAAGUAAAAGUCAAAAAACAUGUAUUUUUUUUCCAAUUUUUCAUCAUAUUUUUUUAUUUUUUAAAUUAAAAUACAUGAGGUUAUAUAAAUAAUGGUAUGUAAAGAAAGCCCAUUUUGUCUUGAAAAAAACAAUAUAUAAUUUGUAUAGGAACAGUAAAUGUGAGAGCGGAAAAUUACAGCUAAACACAAACACCACAAAAGUGUAAAAAUAUGCCUGGUCGCAAAUGUACAACAUCGCAAAAACAGUCCAGUCCUUAAGGGGUUAAACAAAACAAUUAGAAUUUCUAUUGCAAUGUUAUUUUCUUGAUAAAUACAAAUUUUGUCAUGAAUCUGUCAGGUGAUUGUACUUGAACACUAGGUAUAUUUCAAAGAGAAAAUUACUGAACAUAAACAGUUUUAACUGAUACAUAAAGUCAAAAUGUCCUAAUUCUUAUCCUAGACAAUGCGUAUAGCAGCGACCCUAGAAUAAAGAAGUUCAAAGAGGAAGAAAAAGCCAGGAAAGAAGCAGAAAAGAAAGCCAAGGUUGAUGCCAGACGGAAAGAGCAGGAAGAAAAAGAAAGGGUAUAUGUUUACCUAUUUGUAUUUGACUAAAUAUAUGUGCAGAGUAUUUCAAAAUAUUUGUAUAUUUAUAAUGUUUAUUUAAUGGUCAAAAUAUAUUUAAUGGUCAAAUGAAAAAUAAUUGGAGCAAAUAUUUUGUCCAAAGUUUUGGAAAAUGUGGAAUUGGAGAACUCUUUCAAAUUAGGUAUUUGUAAAUGUUUAAUCUUACUCAUCUAUAGGCACCCAAAGCACUUCAUCACAUCUGGGUGCAGUGUUCCUGUUCCAUUAAAAUCUGUAAUGUGAAACAGUGUUAAGACUUCCUCUAGAGGCUCCUUCUAUAGUUUCACAGAGUUUGACUGUUUUGAAAGGACGCUGGACAUUCGCAAACUCGGCAUGAGGACAUCUAGUGUCUAGAAAAGUGGGUGGGGGAAAUGGGAGCAAGAGGGCACUGUAGUGUUUAAAAAAACGUUUUGUAUGUCUAACACUAUAAAUUUUCUUUCAACAAAAAUACAAAUUUAAAUUUUUAAAUUUUUUUUUCCUCUAACUCUACAGACAAAUUUUAAAUGAAGGCGUUGGCUUUAAUAGAGCUGCUUUAACAAGUCGUGACCUUCUUUUUUUUUUUUUUUUUUUUGUACCUUGAUAAAUCUCUGCUUUGUGUAGAAAUGCUAGCUUGGCAGUAUAACAUUCAUUUUUUAUUAUGAAUUAUUAGCCAUUCUAAAUUUAUGAACAGUAUGUAAGCAGGCAUUUGGUUAAAAAAGUGUUGAAUUGCCAAAUCUGCAUAUUUUAGCAAAGACAAGCGGAACUGGAAGCUGUUCGACUCGCAAAGGAGAAGGAAGAUGAGGAGGCACGGCAACAAGCACAACUAGCAAAGAAGGAAAAAGAAAUUCAGAAGAAGGCAAUAAAGAAAGAACGGCAGAGACUGCGGACCUCUUGCAAAGUUAGUAACAUAGUAUAGUGCUUCUGUGAAUGACUGUUAUUUGUUCCUUUUGAUUAUUACAUCAAUUAUAAAAGAUUUGGCUUGCUGGGUACAAUUUAUUUAGCCCUGAUUAGAGGUAAACGCUGCUCCUAAGUAUAAGAGCCUAGUAAAAUUUACUAAUUCAACUUAGAGUGAUUUUACAACCCCCAUCUGUGCGUUAAAGAAAAAAAGUAAUUUUUUACCAAAAAUGCAAAUCACUGCAAGUAAACUCUACUUAUGUACUUUUUUAUGCUCUUUAUAAUCUGUGCAUUUAUAUACACACAAUAAAAUGUUACUAUCCAAUGGCCACCAUUUUUUUUUUUUUAUUUUUUUUUUUUAUAUAUUACAAAUUAACAAGGAUUGUCAAAUUGUGGUUUAGAGCACGUGCAUUGCUUUGUUCUCUUGUUACAUAAUUCUAAUUUUUAUUAACAUGCAGAAUUGGAAUUACUUUUCGGAUAACGAAGCAGAAAGUGUGAAAAUGAUGGAAGAAAUUGAAAAAUUGUGUGACCGCCUUGAACUUGCCAGGUAAUCCAUUGCUCCCUGUAAAAUGUGUUACAGGUUUAUAAUUAUUCUAAUUUGGUUUUAUAGAUCUACAUUUCAAACUCUGGUUCCGCACAAUUUGAGUACAAUAAAAUAAUCUAAAGAAUUACUAUUUUAUACAUCACUGGGCACCAGCAUUCCUAUACAAUUAAUUAGAUGAUUGGAUUUUUGGUACAGGUUCUUAUUUCUGCUACCAAUCCUUUUAUCUAUGAGCUUUAUUAUUCUACCACAAUUUUUUUUAUACAUAACACCUAAUAGGCAUUACUUUAGGAUUCCUGAUGUUUGACUUUUGACUUUUCUUUGAAAGUGUUCAUUUAUGAAGUUGAGAUUACAUAUAAGGAGCAACUAAAAGGCAGACUUUAUAAAUUAGCCUUGAAACUAAUUGUGUAAAGAGUAAUACAUAUACUGGAUCAAAAUAUAUUCUGCAUGUAGAAAGGAGUAUUUUUAAUAGUUUGUUUAAAUCUAAUGGCUUUGAAGUGUUAUGCAAAGACCCAGAAUUCUUCAAUGUUUAUUAAAAAAUCUUUUUGGUGUGGCAAAAAUGAAAUUAGAUUAUUUUUUUUCAUUUUAUUUUCCUUUAUUGCUCAAAAACUAGACUCCUAAAUUAGCAGAUAUUGUUCUGUGUACUUCUUACUGACCGCUGAUUUAGCUGUGUUUCAAAGAUUGACUGCAGCAAGCCAUGAUGUUCGAGGGUGAGAGACCUUAUUUGGGAUCCCCUCCUGGUUAAUUUGAUUUUAAUUGUAGCAUUUUGACUAUAAAAUUAUAAUCAGUUUGGAAGAGAAUAUUUGCUGGUCUCAUAUUUUUAUUUUAUAUUUUUUUUUCAUUCUUUUUAUGAAUUCUUUUUUUUUUUCUCCAUUUGAUUUUCCUCUUUCUAUUUUCACUUUUAGUUUACAGUCCCUGAAUGAGGCACUUUCAGCAAGCUCAAAAGAAGAAGGGAAAGUUGUUGUAGAAAAACAGGUACUUGCAGAGUUAUAUAUUCUACUUGUUUUAAGUGAAUUUCUAAGCACCAUAGCCACUUCACUUAACUGAAGUGGUCAUCAUGCCUUUAGUCCUGUGGCAUCAUCCCUCUGUUAAGACUUAAUUCUUGAACAGUUGAACAAUGAAUGAAUGUCCCCAAACAUCUGCCCUUCCCUACUGCUUGAGUUAAUACUUCUACAUUAUCCUACCAGAAAUAGGCAGCAGUAAGAGCCUCAGCGUGUCGGCUGGGUGCUCUCAGCCUAUCGCAGUUGCCCAUCACUGGUAUGAAUUGACUUGGCUAAUGCGGAGUUGUUCUGCGUAUUAGCCCUACUUCCAGUGGUUGGCGAGGCUUAAAGGAUCAUUGUCCAAAAUGUCUUAAUCUGUGCAGUGCUUUCAUAAAUCACUACUUGGGACAACCAGUUUUAAUUUUACAGAAUUCUAACUGUGCUCACACUCAUAUGUUUCAAUACACACACUUUGAUGCUUGGUUUGAAAUUCAAACCCGUAGGGAACUUUGUCUGUGCCUAAGUCAUGGCUUGAUGCUGAUGUCAGAGAAUGGCAAAGACUGGGACUAUAUGGAGUUAGGAGUUAUCGAGGAAGUCUAAGCACCAUAACCACUACAGACUGCUGUAGUGUUUUUUGCUGCCAGGCAUGCUGUGACGCAGACCCUGUAUUAAGUAGUCAAACCAUUUUUGCAUGUGUCCCUCUGAAUACCUCCACACCAACCCAGUCUACAGAUAUCACUAUGUGAUAGAUGCUUGGAGUAAUCCUUUACAUUAUUGGGAAGGAGAGUAAUGGGAUUCUUUACAAUGCCCAAUACAUCGUUUUAUGAGUCUUUUGUUUGAAGGCACAAGUGCUAUUUAUGCAGAUAACUCAAAUACAGUGCAAAAAUACUUUACAUCACCUUACUGAAAGCAAGCAAACUUUGCCAGUCCUUCAACCAUUUUUGCCAUUAUCUUUAUUAAGGCACUGAUUUGACAUCUAAAAUGUUUUUAUUACUAUUUAAGGAGUAGACACUAUUUUGUAUACAAUUGCUCUCCCUCUGUCUGUGAUUUCCCUACUCCACGUUUGCAUUAUAUUUGACUGCAUGUGCAGUCAAUUGUGAGAAUUUAUAUAGUCAUAUUGGGGUUUGACCAACAAAGCGAGAUAAUGGCAACAUCUUUUCCUUUUUUUUUUUUUUUUCCCUCUUUUAGGUUGUUGAUGUAAAUGCCCAACUUAAAAAAGAGAAAGAACAGGAAGAGGCUCGUAUGAGACAAUCUACAAAAGGUGCAGAUCAGUCUGCUACAGGAGGAAGUGGAGGCAGCGGCAAGUCUUGGUCAGAAGAUGAUUUACAGUUAUUGAUAAAAGCUGUGAACCUAUUUCCUGCUGGAACUAAUGCAAGGUAUAGUGGAAAAUCGGGAUGUCCAGUACAUCGAUGACUGCUUGUGAAAUAUUUUUAUGCAGUUACUAUAGCACCUGUUUAUUCUUAUCGGGUGCUUAUAGUUACAUGUUGGCUCACUAAUCUCUUCCAGAAGUGAACCAUUGUUUCUUAAUGCAUUCAAAAACAGCACAUUAAAAUAUCAAUUUGCUGCAAAUACCCAGACUGUGCAUCUUUUGCAGAGGGUUUAAUAAACAGAGAAAAUGAUAGCAGCCACAGUAUUCUAUUUUCUCUUGAUACACAGAGGUUAUGGAAUAAGAUUAGCCUCCAUAAAACUGAUUGGAGCAUCUCAUCCUGGUGUGGAAGGGUGUCCGCCUGCCCACCCACUAAGCAGUGUGUUUAGCAACAAUUUCCAUGUGUGCAUUUUUAUUUACAUCAGUUUGUAUUAUUUAGUGCAUUAUCUAUAUAAUGCAUUAACCCCUUAAGGACACAUGUCUGACAUGUCAUGAUUCCCUUUUAUUCCAGAAGUUUGGUCCUUAAGGGGUUAAACAAAUCUGGGGUCUGAUUGGAUAAACACUUUAACUACAUGUAAUGACACAGCAGUGUUAUUGGAGCAAAAAAGCAAACACUACAUAUUGGGAUUCAUUGUUAGAAAUGUCCUGUGCUUUUUACCUGACCUAUGUCUAAUUUUUCUGUUAUUUCCUCUGUCUGUUGCUCCAGAUGGGAAGUGAUUGCUAAUUACAUGAAUUUGCAUUCAGUUUCUGGGAUUAAAAGGAAUGCAAAGGAUGUCAUCAAUAAAGCAAAAUCCCUUCAAAAACUAGGUAAGCCUAUAUCCAAAGAGAAGAUUUCUGUGCAAAUAUGUGAAGUAUCACUUUUUUCAGUGUAGUUUUAAGAACAAAUGCAUGUCUUUUUUUUUUUCCAGAUCCCCAGCAAAAGGAUGACAUAAAUAAGAAAGCAUUUGAUAAAUUCAAAAAGGAGCAUAAAGUUGUUCCUCAAUCUGUGGAUAAUGCUGUGCCUUCAGAGAGGUUUGACGGUAAGUGGUCAAGUCCGUUCCCAGUAUUGCACAUGUUUAGUUGGGUAGGCUUCACUCACAGGGUUAUUCACCCCUCCAUGUUACUUAAAUUCUUUAGAGUUUCAAUUUAUGUAUAAGCAACGACAGACCGUAUCAUUUAGGUUACAAAUUCACAAAGUUUGUAGGACGUGGUACAAUUACAUAGUUGUAGAAGCAGUGGGUUAAGGUAACCGGGUAGUUUGGUUAGGUUCUAGCAGCCAAGGCUCUAUUGUGGGUGUAGAGCCCAUACCAGGUAUAAACGCAGAAACAGGUGCAUGUCUGGGCAACUGUUUGAAAGAUAUAGGUGUUUUGGGUGUAUCCUGUACCAGGACCUAAGUAACUUUGUGCAAAUCCCGGUGAGGGAGUGAGCCUGUGCCCUACCUGUUAUGAGUUCUGUAAUCUUAAUGUAAUUACUUUCAUAAUAUUUGCUACUGGGAAGUGAUGGAAGGGUGGGGGAGAGAUCUUAAAAGGUAAUGUGGGCAAAUUUAAACUGGGUAUAGAUUAUAUUUUUUAUGAAAUUUUACAAAUGCUGCAGUCAUAGGCAAAAAUAAAUGGCUACAUUACAGUACUUUUGUGGACAGCUGCAUCUCCAAAAUGCAAUCUCAUUCUCCUUGAAAAUACAGUAAUAUUGCAUUAACUGAAAUUCAAUUCUUAACCGCAGUGAUUUAAAGGGUUAUUUGCAGUGCUCGCCUUAAGGGGCUGCAUACAGUUCAGCUGUCAGACAGAGGGGACCCUUGGGUAUCAAAUGAUACCUUGGGCUCCAUGGUACCAACAGGAAUUUAGGUGUUUUGGUUAUUUUUCAUAAUCCAGACCUGAGCAAUUCAGCCUUUAGUGAAUAAGCCACGCAAUUGCAACAUCUGUAUGUUUACGCUGUGAUUAUUUCCAAGGCACAGGUUCAGACUCUACACCCUGGACCACUGAAGAACAAAAACUUCUAGAGCAAGCUUUAAAGACCUAUCCUGUGAAUACCACAGAGAGAUGGGAAAAAAUAGCAUCUGCUGUCCCUGGCAGGUCCAAGAAGGACUGCAUGAAGCGAUACAAGGUAAGGAUAUAUUUAUAGUGAUUCUCCUGUAUGAAUAAAUACAUUUAGAUGCAGAAGUUACAUAACUAUAGUGUUUAAACUUUAAUAGAUCUACCUCAGUGUUGCACCAUUUAAUCUACUACUAAAAUAUGUAUUUGCGCUUCAAAGAAUGUAACCCCCCCCCCCCCCCAAAAAAAAAAAAAAACUCUAAGGUAAAUGGUACAUAUAAAAAAACCUGCCGGACCAAAAUGUGCAAAAGGUAAACACAUUUAUUAAGAAUAGAUGUAUCUCUGAACUAAAAGAUAAUAGUAACCAGUUCAUAAACUAACCAGCUAUCACAAAGUGAUUCUUACCACAAGUAUCAAAAUGUCCCAAAAUAGGCUAGGUACAGUAUAACUUGUAAAGCUGCAGCAUGUGGCAGCCUAGAGUGGGAGGGUUUAUCACUCCUAGAUCUGAAAAUGGUGAAUACUGCAUAAACAAACAGGAUUAUAGAGAGAAAAAAAGUGUGUGUAUAUAAAUAAAUGCAGCUAAAUUAAUAAGUAUACAGAGAUAUAAAAAUAAACAGUGCUAGUGCAGUAAGAAAGAAAAAAAAAAAAAUUCAAUGUCUCCUAUAAUGAAAUCUCCUAAAAGUACGUGUGAGCAAGGGGUACUGAUGGGUGCCAGGCACAGAGAGGGAGGAAAUUGUUGUUCCCGCCACCUCUGAGACGUUCAAUAAGACAGUAUGUAAGGUCUUGAUAAAGUCUCUGAAUAGAGACAAAGUGCGUAGAUGCUCCACCUGACAAAGUUCCGAGAUUAGACGGACCAUUUUCACUGUCUUGUGCCUUUAAUAAAGAUCCAGUCACUCACUACAUGUAUGUUGCUGCACAAAUUUUCAUUAUAAUUACCCUUUUCAGUAACUUUUUCACCAUUUAAUCAACAUCUAACGAAAGCAGAAUGAAAUGGCAAAAUGCUGUUAAAUCUUUUAUUAUAAUAAAAAAAAAAAAAACAUGGAGCAGCUUUGAAUUUUUAUUGAGCUAUGUUUUGGUUUUCUUUUCAUAGGAACUGGUCGAAAUGGUGAAAGCCAAGAAAGCUGCACAAGAACAAGUUGUAAAUGCAAAAACCAAGAAAUGA